GUAAAAAUGUUGAAAAUUGCAACGAUAUCCAAGUUGCUGAAAAUCUUAACGUUGUUGCUAUUGAUCCCGGUGUUCGUACUGGUUGGUCUUGGUAUUCUCCAUCCAAGGGUUGUGGUUGGUUUGGUAACUUAGAUAUCAAUCGUGUAUUCCGUUUAAGACUAAUAGCGGAUCAUAACCCGGUUAGGGAUGCAUCCAAAUUCAGUUCUUCCGUGAAUUAUGUAACA